CCCAUUUCUUUUUCCUUUCUUCCCUUCUCUUUUGCUUUCUCAAUUUUCAGUUUCUCCUUCCUUUCUCUUCAUUUCUUUACUAGGGUUUAUCUCAGUGCCUGCAGCCUUUCCAUCUUCCUUUUUUCUAUACUUAUAUUUUCUGUUUUUGAUCUGACAACUGCAUUUUAAAGUUCAUUUUCCCUGUUUGGUUCAUAGGAAAACGAUAAUCGACGACGCUGGUCACGUUUUCAAUACGUUCGAUUAGAAGCUAAACACCUUCGCUUUCUCAAGAAUCAUAGUGCAAAUAAUGUUGGGCCACCUGCUAUAAAUGCGUUGGAACUCUAGGGAUGAGAAGGAAGCCUAUGCUCAGAUGAACUGCUUUCCCAUCAGUAGCGACAAGAAAACAUUGAAAAGGUGGCUUUCCAUUGAUAAAAUGGUAGGAUAAAAAUUUAUCAGUGGAAGUCUAAGGUGCAUAUCUCUGUGUUUUGGCUGAGUGGCUGUUAGUAUCAAACGCUUUGAUAUAUUACAAUUUGGAAGUGCUUUGCAAUUAGUAUUCUGGAUCCAAUGGACAUCAACUCAAAUAAUUCAUCUCCUGUUCUCACUGACCCGGCACCAAUAAAUCUGCUGCCUUACCCACAAUCUGGAGCUUCUUUUUCCUCCAACAUUCCCAGGAAAAAACCUGAAAAGCUUGAUGAGGUUCACUACAAUGGAUGGCUGGAUGCCAUGAAAUCCUCAUCUCCUCCUCGUAAGAAACUCAUUAAGGAUCUCAACUUUGAAGAUGCUGCAGAUGAGAUUGAGAUUGAGAUUGCUUACUUCUCCUGGAUGCUCAAGUACCCAUCAGCUCUAAACUCGUUUGGGCAAAUUACAAAGUUUGCAAAAAACAAGAAGAUUGCAAUUUUUCUUGAUUAUGAUGGGACUCUUUCUCCAAUAGUUGAUGACCCAGAUCAGGCCCUCAUGUCUGAUGAUAUGCGUUCUGCUGUAAGAAAUGUAGCUAAGUAUUUUCCAACAGCAAUUAUUACAGGAAGAAACCGUGAUAAAGUAUUUGAGUUGGUAGGACUGACAGAACUCUAUUAUGCCGGUAGCCAUGGGAUGGACAUCAUGGGCCCUGUCAACGAGGCAGUGUCCAGUAACCAUCCAGAUUGUAUUAAAUCUACUGACCAACAGGGCAAGGAGGUGAAUCUGCUCCAGCCUGCUAGAGAUUUUAUACCCAUGAUCGAUGAGGUUUUUACAACCCUUGUUGAGAAUACUAAAGAUAUCAAAGGCGCAAGAGUUGAGAAUCACAAGUUUUGUGCUUCUGUACAUUACCGCAAUGUAGAUGAGAAGAACUGGCCUAUUAUUGCACAACGUGUGCAUGAUGUUCUAAAACUGUAUCCUCGUUUACGUCUGGCUCAUGGGCGGAAGGUUUUAGAGGUACGUCCUGAGAUUGACUGGAAUAAAGGUAAAGCAGUUGAAUUUCUGCUUGAAUCUCUUGGCCUGGGUAACAGUGAUGAUGUGCUCCCAAUUUAUAUUGGUGAUGACAGAUCUGACGAAGAUGCAUUCAAGGUUCUGAGAGAAGGAAAUAGAGGGUAUGGAAUUCUGGUGUCUUCAGCACCAAAAGAAACCAAUGCAUUUUACUCCCUGAGGGAUCCAUCAGAGGUGAUGAAAUUUCUGUGUUGGCUAGUGAGAUGGAAGAAGCUGGGAGAAGGGGUAAGCUCCGUUAAUAAAAGAUGGAGUAUAUAAAUACAUAUUAUUAUAAACAUUAAUGUUAAAUUUUACAGAUAUGGAAAAACUUUAGGCAUUUGGUGGAGCUGCAUUAUUUGCAAACUUUUACUGCAGAUUCAUUUGCUCACCCGAGUCUGACAUUAUUUUAUUAGCAUUUUAUAAAUCUUCAGUUGUAAGGUUUGAAUUUUGCUAUAAUUUGUUUCUGUUGAAUGAUUGGCUUUGUUGUCUGCAAUUU